AAAAAGGUUCAGAAGAAGAAGAGCUUUUUGAGACUCUGCUCCUGAGACAAGGUGCAAGGCGAGGGGAUGUCACAGCAGAGCCUGUCCUGGCUGGGGCCCCUGGCUGCCUUCCCAUGGCUGCUCCUGCUGCUGGCCGGAGCCUGCUGGCUCCUUGCCCGGGUCCUUACCCAGACCUACACCUUGAGUGAAAAGUACCGCCACCUACGCCGUUUCCCUCAGCCUCCCAGACGGAAUUGGUUCUUGGGCCACCUGGGCAUGGUCCCUCCUACGGAAGAGGGCAUGAAGGAAUUGGCUCAGCUGGUGGGCACCUACCCCCAGGGCUUCAUAACGUGGAUGGGCCCCAUAAUUCCUCUCGUCACAUUAUGCCACCCCGACAUCCUCCGAUCUGUCCUCAAUGCCUCAGCUGCGGUUGCUCUGAAGGAUGUCAUCUUCUACAGCUUUUUGAAGCCCUGGCUAGGGGAUGGACUCUUGCUGAGUGCUGAUGACAAAUGGAGCCGCCACCGUCGCAUGCUGACCCCAGCCUUCCACUUCAACAUCCUGAAGCCCUAUGUGAAGAUCUUCAAUGACAGCAUAAAUAUCAUGCAUGCCAAGUGGCAGCGCCUGGCCUCAGGGGGCAGCGCCCGUCUGGACAUGUUCGAGCAAGUCAGCCUCAUGACCUUGGACAGUCUGCAGAAAUGCGUCUUCAGUUUUGACAGCAACUGUCAGGAGAAACCCAGCGCGUACAUUGCUGCCAUCCUGGAGCUCAGCGCCGUGGUGGUCAAGAGGCACCAGCAGCUGCUUCUGCACCCGGACCCGCUGUUCCAUCUCACCAGCGACGGGCGGCGCUUCCGCAAGGCCUGUGGCCUGGUGCACGAGUUCACAGACGCCGUGGUCCGGGAGCGGCGCCGCACCCUCUCCACUCAGGGUGUGGAUAACUUCCUCCAGGCCAAGACCAAGGCCAAGACUUUGGACUUCAUUGAUGUGCUGCUGCUGGCCAAGGACAAAGAUGGAAAGGAGCUGUCAGAUGAGGACAUCCGAGCGGAAGCCGACACCUUCAUGUUCGAGGGCCACGACACCACAGCCAGUGGGCUCUCCUGGGUCCUGUACAACCUGGCGAGGCACCCAGAACACCAGGAGCGCUGUCGGGAGGAGGUGCGGGAGCUCCUGAGGGGCCGAGACACUGAAGAGAUUGAGUGGGACGACCUGGCUCAGCUGCCCUUCCUGACCAUGUGCAUCAAGGAGAGCCUGCGGCUGCAUCCCCCGGUCGUCGUCAUCUCCCGCCGCUGCACCCAGGACGUCGGGCUCCCGGAUGGCCGGGUCAUCCCCAAAGGUGUUAUCUGCCUCCUCAGUAUUUUUGGGACCCAUCACAACCCUACGGUGUGGCCGGACCCGGAGGUCUACGACCCCUUCCGCUUUGACCCCGAGAACGUCAAGGACAGAUCACCCCUCGCUUUCAUUCCUUUCUCGGCCGGGCCCAGGAACUGCAUCGGACAGACGUUCGCCAUGAGCGAGAUGAAGGUGGCGCUGGCGCUGACGCUGCUGCGCUUCCGCGUCCUGCCCGACCGCGCCGAGCCGCGCCGGCAGCCCGAGCUGAUCCUGCGCGCCGAGGGCGGACUGCGGCUGCGCGUGGAGCCGCUGGGCGCGCCUGCGCGCUGA